GGCUUGUAAUAACUUCCUGUGGCACAGGGAGAUUGAAAAGAAGCGCUUCCGGCGGCCUUGGACCAUUAAUCAAAAAACUAGCCUCCUAGGUUUGAUCCAGUCGUCGCCUCGGCCCUGUCAGAGUCGGACAGCUGCGUAAACCGCUCCUGGCACACGGCGGACACAGAGCCUGCACCUUCACACAAUGUCUGGUGUUCAGUGGGUGUGUACUGAACCUGAAGAGACAUAUAAGCAAUGAAUCUGGAGAAACAAAUUGAAGACAGAUUGAGAACAUCAUUUGUACCAGAGUUUUGCUACCACCUUUUUCAAAGUGAUCUUCACUUACUUUUUAUGUAAUAACUGCCUGGACUUCAUAUUUUUCACUACAGAAGCCUAUGAUCUACAAUUGCCAGAAACUUAAACACAUUACCUUAGGGUAUUGUCUACAUUAAACCCCAGAGCUCUUUCUCUGCUUGCACUAAAAUGUUGAGAUACUGGGGAGAGAUACCAAUCCCAUCAGGACAGACCAACAGAAGUUCCUUUGAUCUGCUCCCACGAGAGUUCCGCCUGGUGGAAGUCCAUGACCCACCCCUGCACCAACCCUCAGCCAACAAGCCCAAACCCCCCACUAUGCUGGACAUCCCCUCAGAGCCCUGCAGCCUCACCAUCCACACCAUUCAGCUGAUCCAGCACAACCGACGUCUCCGCAACCUUAUUGCCACAGCUCAGACCCAGAGUCAGCAACAGAGAGAAGGUGUGAAGGCUGAAGAGAGUGAGCCUCUUCCCUCCUGCCCCGGGUCACCUCCUCUCCCUGAUGACCUCCAGCCUUUAGAUUGUAAAAAUCCCAAUGCACCAUUCCAGGUCCGGCACAGUGACCCAGAGAGUGACUUUUACCGUGGAAAAGGAGAACCAGUGACUGAACUCAGUUGGCACUCCUGUCGGCAGCUCCUCUACCAAGCAGUGGCCACAAUCCUGGCCCAUGCAGGCUUCGAGUGUGCUAAUGAAAGUGUCCUGGAGACCCUAACUGACGUAGCUCAUGAGUACUGCCUUAAGUUCACCAAGUUGCUGCGCUUUGCCGUAGACCGGGAGGCCAUGCUGGGACAGACUCCUUUCCCUGAUGUCAUGGAGCAGGUGUUCCAUGAAGUGGGCAUUGGCAGCAUGCUCUCCCUCCAGAAAUUCUGGCAGCACCGCAUCAAGGACUAUCACACUUACAUGCUGCAGAUUAGUAAGCAGCUCUCUGAGGAGUACGAAAGGAUUGUCAAUCCUGAGAAGGCCACAGAAGACACUAAACCUGUGAAGAUCAAGGAGGAACCUGUGAGUGACAUCACGUUUCCUAUCAGUGAGGAGCUGGAAGCUGACCUUGCUUCUGGAGACCAAUCCUUACCAAUUGGAGUCCUCGGGGCUCAGAGUGAGCGCUUCCCAUCCAACCUGGAGGUGGAGGCUUCGCCACAGGCUUCGAGUGCAGAGGUAAAUGCUUCUCCUCUUUGGAACCUGGCUCAUGUGAAAAUGGAGCCUCAAGAAAGUGAAGAAGGCAAUGUGUCUGGGCAUGGGGUAUUAGGCAGCGAUGUCUUUGAGGAACCAAUGUCAGGCAUUAGUGAAGCUGGAAUCCCUCAGAGCCCUGAGGACUCGGACAGCAGCUAUGGCUCCCACUCCACUGAUAGCCUCAUGGGGUCCUCCCCUGUUUUCAACCAGCGCUGCAAGAAGAAGAUGAGGAAGAUUUAACUGCAAAGGACAUUUCCAGUCCAGACUUACAACAUCAGCAGAAAACCUUGAUAUUUAGAGUGUUUCCAUAAAUAGUGAUUGGACUUUAAUUCUUAAAUACAGUGGGCUUUCCUAAUUUCAGAGAAAAGGCUCUUAACCUAGUUACAUUUCACUUUAGAAUCAUUUUUGUACUUUUUCAGAACAACUAAGCCACUAUUUACAGACGACUGUGAUACUGGCAGUAAUCAGACCAAAGCCCUGUCCCCAGCUGUUCUUUUACUGUGGGACAACAUGUUUCUUAGCUCCCCUCAGCCAUCUCUCUGACACAGUUGAGAAGAAUCAUGCUACCCUGAUGUUCCCUGCAGAGGUGCAAAGCUGAGAUGUUUGCUUAAACAUCAAAGCUUGCACAGAUUCACGUAAAUAGAUGCCAUUAUAGACAUCAGGUUUUCAUUAAUUUAUUCUGGGUCAAGCUACUGGAAAUCCAGUAGUAAUAUAGGAAAUAGCUAAGCAUAACAAAGGUCAUGUUCCAAAACUAUUUUUGCUACUCAAGCCUCUUAUAAAACGAGAGCCCUGUAGUGACAGCCAUUUUCCUUAUGCAGACAGCUCUUCCCCACAAUUCUUCCUUUUCUAGGUUACCCAGCCUCAUCCUUUCUACUUUUCGAAUGCUUUCUGCUGACAUAGACUUUCAAAUAUUUUUUCCAUGUACAUCUUCCAACUGCUCAUUUUUUCCUUUGUGAAGGAUACAAAACAGGCCCUGCUACGGUUGCAGGAUGGGCAGCCUUUGGUUUGUUUUAGGUUGUUCUUUUUUGUUUUUGUUUUUGUUUUGUUUUUUUUUAAAGACAUUUGAGGAGCCAGAGAAAUGGCUCAGUGGGUGAAGGCACUUGCAACUUGAGUUCAAUCCCUGGGACCCACAUGGUGCAAGAGGAGAACAAAGACUAACUUCUCCAAGUGGUCCUUUGGCCUACACACAUGCCAUAGUGCAUGCCUGGGCACACACACAAAUAAAUUAUUUUUGAAAAAAGUCA